GUCCACCACUUCACGGAAAAUCCCGCCAACGAGAAGUAUUUAUUUAUCCGGCGCUCGCCUCCGGUGUGGUCUUCCGUAGCUUCUACUCAACCGCCGCCCAGCCCUGAGUCCAAGUCCCCCGAAACUUCGGCGCGCCAGGUGAUGCGUUUAGCAACAACAGGCAUCCAAUAAUGUCGAUGAGUUAUGAUGGGGAUCAAAGUGAGGAUCGGCAAAGUGAGGAGGUUCAAUCAGCAUACAAAAAGUUCAGUGGCGGUGAUGAGGACAUGAUAAGGGGUUUUGUAAAUUUGGAUGACAAUGAAGAGCAAAAUGAAGAAAAUGAAUGGAGUUGGGUGCCCCAAAAUGAUGAUCCUCUUGCUGAAACAAUUUCUUCACUUGAGACAGCACAAGAAGUUCUUGAAAGAUUCUUCAAGAAAAAUGAAGUUCUUGAAAGUGAACUUGGCCAGGAGUUUGGGGCUGAGGAUUCGCGUGAUGAUAACAGAAAGCCUGAUAUAGGUCUUGAUGCAUUGGUAAUGAAUAAGAAAAUGGAAUAUCUUGAACAGAAACUGAAAGAAGCGUCAGAUACUAUCACAGAGAAGGAACUACGAUUAUCCAAUCUUGAAGUACUUAUAAGUAGUGCACAUAUACCAACGAUGCAAAUGGCACCGAUCGAUAUUGAUCAGCUAGAGGUGGAGCUUGAGCACCACCUUCAGGAGAAAAUAGAAGCCGAGAUUCAGUGUCUGGUCAUGGUGAAGGCAAGACAAAGUUGGGUAAUCCAGGCUGAGGAUCAGAUCGCCUUGGAGGAGCACAAGUUCUCUGCCAGGGAGGACACAAGAGUUUUGCUCAAGCUUCGAGACACUGAGAACAAGAUCCUCAUGCUGAAAGAGAAGGUAGACAGAUUGGAGGCACAUGAGAAGGAGCUCUCUGGGACAACGGAAGUCCUGAGGAUGCAGAGCAGAACCUUCAAAAUUGGCCUCUUUGGCCUCCUGCAGCUGAUAAUGUUGUGUCUUUCCCUGAAGAUGUUCGUCGGGCAAGAUUCGAUCCGCUUUGGUGAUGUUGUACCAACAUGAUGAUUUAGAGGUGUUUGUUGUAGUCUGUAAAUUGAGUCUAUUCGAAUUAGGUCUAACUUCAGUACAGUGAAGCUGCUGCAUUGUGUGUUGUAUACAUCCGUGACUACGUGUGUGCUGUAAAUUACAUUCGUAUA